AGUGCAGUCGGCCUGUUGUCCAGCUUCGCGGCGCUGUUUCGGCCAUAGUCGGCCAGCUGUGACCAAAAGGACACGGGGAGGGGCUGCCCCCACUACCACCAUGAAGGAGGACGCCGUCGAGGCGGCCUGCUUGAGAGCGGCGCUGGCCACGGACCAGUUGCGCGGCGCCGACGCGCUCGAGACGGCGAGAGGUCAUGCGUUGGACGAAAUCGUGGCCUCGGAGGAGACGUACGUCGCGAAUAUGCGUAUUUGUCUGGAGGUCUUCCGGGACCCGCUCCGGGACCUUUUGGGGAGGGACGAGGUGCUUGGGAGGGUGCUGAACGAGCUUGAGAUGUUAGAAAAGUUCCAGGCGACGUUUCUGGGCGAGCUGCGCUCAGAAAGGGCGAGGGACGAGUGCUUCGGAGCCGUCUUUCGCAGGUUCGCGCCCUUCUUCAAGAUGACGGCGACCUACGCCGAGGCCUACGGGGCCUGGUCGCGCCGCGCCGCGAGCGACGGCAACAACCGGGGCAGCCCCGUCAAGGACGUGAUGCUGGUGCUCGCGCGCCAGGCGUUUGAUGAGCGGUGUAAGGGCAGGGACCUCGCCCAGUUCUUAGUCGCGCCGGUGCAACGAGUCCCGCGCUACCGGUUACUAUUGGAGGCGCUCGUCCUGCGAACGAACGAGGACCACGCGGACAGGAACGAUCUCGACGAAGCGUUAACGCUGGUGCGCGACGCCUGCGCCAAGAUCGACGCGAUCCUGGGCGAGCACGCGGUGCGCAACGAGAUGCAGCUUUUGAAGAGUCAGAUCCACGACCCCGCGAACCAGCUCUCUUCCUUAGUAGCCCACAGAUUGGUCCGGACGGGCGACGCGCGGAAGCUCUCCACGUCGAAGAUCGAAACGCUCACCUUCUGGCUCACGGACCGGGCCCUCUUUAGUUGCGACCGGCCGCCCGCGACGAACAUGUACCGCCUGCGCUUCUACGCGCCGCUGACGCGCUGCGUCGUCGAGGCGGCGCCCUUCGCGACCCUAUCCAAUCGGUGCGACCGCGCCGCGUCCGAGCAGCUCGAGCUCGCCGCGGCCGAGGACCCGCGCCUCGCCCGGAUCCAGGACGCGCUGCGCGCCGAGCGCGCGGGGACGCGGUGUUUGGUCGUGCGGUCGCCGCGGAAGUCGUUCUACGUCGAGCUGGCUUCCGAAGACGAGGCCCGGGGCUGGUUAGAUGAUGUCGCGGCGCAUCAGAAGACGCCGCCGUCCUUGGAUUUCGCCCCCGUGGCGACGGACGCGCCGCGGAAGCGCGGCUGGCUCUCGCCGCGGCGCUCGAGGCCGGACGUCUACGACUUCUCGCCGCGCGGAUCCGAGGCCUCGGCGCUGUCGCCGCGCGGCUCCUACGACCUCGGAUCCGACGACGACGCGCCGUCGUGGGCGCCCGCCUCGCCGCCGCCGCCGCCCCGCCCGCGGUCGCUGCUGGCCGCCGCGCGCUCGGCGUCGGCGUCGCGCCCGCCGCCUCUGCCGCCCCGAUCCUCGUCCGUUGUGGUCGAGCCGCCGCCGGUCCCUCCAUCGCCGCCGGCCCCGCCGGACCAGCCACCGCUCACGACGGAUUCCGCCAGCUGCUUCGUGGCGUGUGCGCCGGCGCCGGCCCCGCCGGAGCGCCCCGCGGCCCCGGAGUCCUCGCCGGAACCCGCGACGGUGGGCGUCUUCGGCCGCCGCGCCGGCGCGCCGGCGCCCGUGCCGCCGGCGGCGCGGGACACGAUGUUCACGUCCAUCGCCGAGCGGCUCCGGCGCUUCGAGGGGCUCGGGCGGUAG